AUGUUUGCUUAUAUUAAAAUACUUGGAACAAAUGAACUAAAAAUUGUGAACGUGAACGAAAUCCAGAAGUUCAAGGUAGAUGCCUUGCCUACGAAGAAAUUUAAUAUUAAAAUUGGUCACAAAACCGAACAAUGCACGGUUUCCUUCAAAGCAGAAACUGAAGAGGAGUUGCUCAAACUUAUAGAGUCAAAUCGAGCUAGGUUUCCACCUGCAAAUAUAUGUGUAACUGCUUCUGAGGACGAUACCCAAGUCAAUAAAGUAGCUAAAUCUUCAGACCUCCAAAAUACCAAUACUCAAGCUUUACUCGCCAAGAAGUUAGCAUUAAAGGAUAAGACUUCUCAAAUGCGCAAGCGAGCUUACAACCGGUUACUAAAUCCUUCUUGUAGCGAGCUAUUAGUUAGUCAACGCACAGUUCGAAGCAAUUUGAUUCCUGAAUCAUUUUGUAAACGUGAUUUCGAGAACACGGAAAAAAUACCCUCAGAUAAUUCAUCCGUGGCAGAUGAAGAGACACUUAGCAAUGACAUAAAUAAUAUCACAAGUAUUCUGAGUGAAAGUAGUUCAAGUAGCCAAAAUAGUAGUGAAGAAGUUCUCACCGAAUAUUCUACAGAUACUACUAUGUAUUCUGAUUCCGAUGACAGCUGGUCUGAUACUGAUAGUAACUACCAAAUGCAGGAUAGUAUUGUUAAUGACACCACACAAAGUUUUAAUACUGAUUCCUUGCAAGGAAACCGCGAAAUGUUCGCAGCUUCUCAGCUUAAAACUUCAGGUGUCCUAUUAAUGGUUGAAAGUUUUUCUACUUCAAAAAAUUUAACGCGAACCGACCACGAAGACUUAAUAAACUUAAUUAAAGUGCUUGCUGGACCGGAAUUUGAAAAUUGGAAUCCAAGUCAAUACAAACUCUCCCAAAUUUAUGAUGCUCCCUCGGAUUUAAUAAUUUUACAUUUCUUUUGCGAAAAAUAUUCUGUUGCACGUCCAGUUUGCCAAAAUCGUGUUCAAUUCAAUGCGUAUUGGGGAUGUAGUUGGUGUUACGCACCUGGAACAUAUUUCGCAAACUCUAUGCGUUAUCCUUUGACCGAAAACGAUCCAGAUUUGCGCACGAAUUCGCGUUACAAAGAAGACGUAAAAAAUGCUGUCAGGUUGAAUAAAAAUUAUGUUCCCAGAAGAAGAAAAACUUAUAAAAGCUCGACUCCAUUUAUAAAAUUAUUACCAUUAUUUGAUAAUGUUUGGGGAUAUCCUAUCGAUUAUAUGCACGGUUGUUUACUCGGUGUUGUUCGUCAAUUAUGGGCUUUGUGGACUACAGCAGGGACUGAUUUUUACUUAACAAAGGAUAAUCGUGAUGAAAUUCAAAAACGUUUAGAUAAUAUGAAGCCACCUCACGAAAUUCAUCGACUUCCAGGAUUGAUAAAAAAUUUUAGUAAAUGGAAGGCUUCUCAACUGAAAUCUUGGCUGUUGUAUUGGAGUCCGAUCUGUUUAAAUGGCAUUUUAAACAAAGAAUGUUUUGACUCUUAUUUACUGCUUGUACGCAGCAUUCAUACUCUUCUAAAACGUACAAUAACGGAAAGUGAGAUUUUACGAUCAGAAUAUGAUCUGUUAAAAUUCGUUGGAGAGUUCCAGUCAAUUUAUGGUCUCGGAGCAAUGACAUUUAAUAUCCAUUCACUUCUUUAUUUGGGCGAAUCAGUGAGAAGAAGUGGGCCAUUAUGGGAAACAUCCGCAUUUCCUUUUGAAAAUGGGAUCUUUUAUGAUAAAUUGAAUGUCAACGGACCAAAAGGUGUCAGUCUUCAAAUGAGCCGCAAACGGUUGAAAAAAAUUCGACUGCGUUCCAAGAUCAACGCUUCAACAACCUCUAAUGAAUGUGCGAAUUACUGUCACAAACUAUUUGAGCCUGAAGAAAAGCUAAGAAAUUGUGUUGAACUUCCUAAUAAUAUUAGACUUAUUGGAGAAAAGCUGAAGACGUCACAAGUUGAGGAAGCUAUGAAAAACUACUUACAAAACCAGAACAUUGAAAUUCAUAUUUUUUCUAAGUGCAUUUAUCAACAAAAAAUUUUCCAUUCCAGUUCAUAUGCUCGUGCAAAUAAGACAAACGAUACAUUUGCACGCUUUGAAAUGGAAGGCAGGACUAGUCAAAGUACCACAAAUGACAAAACUGAAGAAUUAAAUGAUACUUCAAAAGAUGAUCCACUCAUGCAUUGCCUCAGUGAUUCGACACCGGAAGAAUUAAUAAACGCUGGGAAUAAUGCAAGUAUGAUUAACAGUCAUAAAUCGACACUUUCUCAAUUGAAUAUUGCCUCUAACGGUUCUUUAAACGUUAAUAAUGAUAAUUCUGCAGUUUUUGACUCUCUAACGGCUCCAAAAAAGUCGUCAAGCAAACGUAAACGGAAAAACAGUAAUUCUAAAGAGAACAAAAAAAAAGACAAAAAAGCUAAAAUUGCAAAAAAGAAUAAGAAGGAGAAGAAAAAGAAUGACAAUGAAUCAAUAGACAAUGAAAAAAGAUUUACAGAAAUUGCAGGUAUUUCAAAAGAAAGGGAAAGAAUGAAAAAAGGUUCUGAUUUUUCAUCUGAUCCAAUUACAAAAAGACUAACAGACAUAACAAAUAUAAUGAAUAAAAGUUUUGCUGACAUUAAAAAAACAGUAGCUCAGAUAGAGAGUAAAUAUAGUUCUGAACUUAAGGAAUUAAGAGGCUUAGUUCAAAUUUUGAUAGAUAAUUGGAAUGAAUUUAAAAGUAUGCCGUCUACUUCAUCGUCUCGAGCUUUAGAAGAAAGGACUGGUUUUCCUGAAUCUGGGUUUGUUCGACGAAGCGAUAAUUCUAUACAUCUAGGAGAAGGGGUUUACAUCUCUAAGAAAACGUAUGAUUCAAUUGCGUCCGAUGCUACUUCCAAUGCUGUUUUUGUGAAAAAAAUUAUAAUGACCCAGUAUACUCCCGAAGAAAUAAUAACUUAUAGUGUUAAAGGUGGAAAAUCUAAUAAAAUUAAAAUGACGUCUCGCAAACCUGGACUUGAUCCAACGAUCAGAUUAGCCGUGAAAGGAAUUUUCCGAUAUUAUUUAAGUACCCGUUAUACAGAUGAAGCUUAUAUUAACGCCGAAGUUGAUAAAUGCGAUGACCAUAUCCGCAGAAAAAUAUCUGAUUUAAGAAAAAAAGCGAGACCAGCAAAGGUACCCAAAAGUAAAAAAUCCUCGUCUAGUGAUGACCCAUCUGGCUCUAGUAGUAGCGAUUCAGACGACGCGGAACCAAAGAAAAAAUCUCGUAACAGAAACGUUUCAUCUGGUUCAGAUGAUUCAGAGAAGGCUGAACCAAAGAAAAAAUCUCGUAAAAGUAACGCAUCGUCUAGUUCAAAUGAUUCAGAUAACUCUUCUGAUCAUUCACGUGAAACUACCUCACAAUUAGGUGAUAAACUCGAAUCCAAAGAAAACGAACCUUUGGGAGAUGAAUAA